AUGCAGNUUAAUGCAGCCCCAAACUUUCCCUACCCUUUUGCUGCAAAAAACUCCCUGGGUUGUCUACCUUGUUCAGACUUCGCUGAUUUGGGCGCUUCAAGGGUGGGCAAAAGGAGUUUUACACAACUAGCCAUCGAAUCCUACUCUUUACGAGACCUUGCUGCAUCAUCAAUGAAUGAGUUGCAACCUGAGAUUGAGGCCAUAGAAUUCCGGUCUGGAAAUCCCGUCGUCGAGACAACGGAAGGAUUUAUUCAUGUCUAUAAGAAUGCCAAAGAAGUGGGCGUAACCGAUAGCCGAGUGUCGUCUACUAUGCUUUGUAUAUUCUCUGUUCCCUCGUACCUCACCGUCAAGGAUUUGCUGAGUUUCGUAGCUCCAAUGCGGGAUUCGGUCGAAGAGCUGAAAGUGGUUAAAAACGGUGGUCCUAAUCACUAUAUGGCUUUGCUGAAAUUCAGAUCUGAACAAGAAACUGACCAGUUUUAUCACACCUAUAACAACACUUGUUACAGAAAUUUGGAAUCUGAGGUAUGCCAGCUCAUGUAUGUAUCCCAUGUGGACAAGACACAUCCAGCUAUGGGGACUGCUUUUCCUACAAAAGAUUUGCUGGAACUUCCUUCUUGUCCUGUUUGCUUGGAACGUUUGGAUGAACCUGUUCAGGGAAUUCUCACUACGAUCCUUUGUAAUCACUCAUUUCACGACGAAUGCAUUGCCCGAGUGGAAGAUAUUACAUGUCCUGUAUGUCGUUAUAUGCAAUCUCCGGAGCUGUUGGACGAAAGCCAGUGUGCGGACUGCUGUAUUCGUGAUAACCUUUGGAUUUGUCUCAUUUGUGGAAGAAUCGGGUGUGGUCGUUACGGAAGGAAGCAUGCUCAGCUACAUUUUGAACAGACUGGUCACACCUUUGCCUUGGAGCUUGGGAAGAAUCUGGUAUGGGAUUACGCGGAUGAUGCUUAUGUCCAUCGUUUAGCUGUUAAUCACGAAGACGGGAAGUUGGUACAGGUUGGAGCCGGAAGUGAAACAGGUGAUAAGAAGCUAGAUCUGAUGAGUAUGGAAUUCAGUGCUGUACUGACAAGUCAGUUGGAAUCGCAACGUGCAUACUUUGAGUCCCAAUUGGAGCGGAUUACAACGGAGUCAGCGAUUCGGAUCCAAGCCGCAGAAAGCAAAGUUGAGGAACUGAGUUCUACCCUAAACCAAGUCCAACAACAACUUAACGAACUAACCAAGGAGAAAUCAUCUACUAUACGAAAACUUCAACAGAAGGAGUUGGAAGAAGAAAGAGCGUUGAACAAAAGCCUGCUAAAUAAUGAAUCCAUCUGGCGUAGCAGAGCGGAAAAGGCCGAAGCAGAGGCCAAAACAUCCAAAGAAGAGUGCAAAGAAUUACUUCUCAACUUGGAAUUCCGUUCAAAACUAACAGAGUUCGCUUCUUCCGAACAGUUAUCGAGUGGUGAACUGGAAAAUUGUGAAAUAUCCAUCCAACAACAUCCGAAUCAACCGAGUUCAUGUCGACGUCGCAAAAAACGUUGAAUACUGUUUACUCUGCUGGAGAACUCGAACUGGCGAUAUCUUUAAGGAGUAAUACGUUAUCCUCUCGGUGUACACAUGACUGUUCGUUCUUCGUUAACACUGGGUCUCCAGUGCACUUUGUUCGAUCCUGUAUCCUGAACUUAUGACAGUAUUUCGACCUCAUCAGCCAUUAGAACAAAAUGAUGUUCGCACAGAAACUGAUAUCAAGGACUUAACCGAGUUCCAUCCGUCAAAUUAUGAUUUUGUUCACACAGUCUUUCUCUACAAUACAGAACUUUUUUAACAGCCAA